AUGGCCGGAGCUGAGCGCGGCGCGGGGCUCUGCCCGCCCCGAGUGGCUGCGGCUGAAUGGAUCCAAUAUGGCCACUUCCUGGAAACUCCCCUCCGCCGGCACCGGUCGAGGGGCGGGGAGGGGCGGGAGCGGCCGCCGUGCCGUCACGGUCGCCUCCCGGGGGCGGCCGCUGCGCUCAGGGCCGGGGGUGCCCCGCGCUGCCGCCUGCGGGAGGUCCGGGCGGUGCGUGCCGUUCCGUUCCGCUGGGGGCGCCGCCCGGAGCUACGAGGGCUCGGCUGUUACCGCAGCGAUGAAACCCGAGUGAACCUCCUCCUGCAACACAACGAACACAGCGGGACGCGCGGCUGCGCUUUGCUGCUGCGGGGAGGUGACGUCUGUCACAGCCCGGGGGGGCGGAGAUGGGGAAGACGGGGGACACACACUGCUUCCCCGAGCAGCCGAGUCUCCUUUCUCCCCCAGCCUCCAGCUAAACACGCGGUUCCAGAAACUCUGCGGUUAAAUACUCCAGCAAAAAGUUGGCCCCGAGAGCCCGGCUGCCGCGUCCAACCCACGCUUGGGGGCGGGAGGAGGAGAGCGGCGGAGGGAGCCGGGCCGUCCCUGCCCCUCACCUGCCCCUCACCCCGCACCUGCCCGGGCGCCGGCAGCGCAGCACCGCCCCGCGGGGAGGAGAAAGGAGAGAGGCGCGGCCGAACCGCCCCGCUCCUCCCAUCGACGGAGGCGGCGGAGCGGGCGGCUCCAUCACCUCGGCCCGCAGGUGCGCGCUGCCCGCCGGUCCCGGCAGCUCCGCCUCGGGGGGUUCGGGCGGCGGAGCGCUGCGGGGGCGGCGGCCCCACCUGUGGCUGCGGGAUGGCGGAGCUCGCCCUCGGCCCCGCCGCCGUGCUGGGCUUCCUGCGGGAGCGCGGCGGGUGGGCGAGCAACGCAGAGCUGCUGAGCGCCUUCCGGCCGCUGCUGGAGGCCGGCGGGGACGCGUCGGAGCGGGCGGAGCGGCGGGAGCGCUUCAAGGAGGCGGUGAACGCCGUGGCGGUGGUGAAGGAGCGGCAGGGCACCAAGUUCGUCGUGCUGCGGAGGCACCUGCGGCCCGGCCCGCCCCCGGAGCAGCGCGGGGAUGGAGGUUCCGAGCCCCCGUCCGAGGAGCGGCUGUCCUCGCCGUCCCCCGAGGAGCUGCCGUCGCCUCGGGCCGUGUCCGAGCUCCGCGGGCUCUUCCAGGCUGGAGGCGGCGGGGUGCCGCUGCCCGCCGGCGGGGCAAACGCCCGCAGGGAGCCGCCCCCCAAGCCCUGCAUGCUGCCGGUGCGCUGCGUGCCGGCCCCGGCUGCUCCCAACUCCGCUGCAGCUUCGGGGCGGUCCGAAAUGCCGGAGACCGCCGCAUCGCCCUUACCCGAUGAGGAGGACGGCGGGUGCCACUCGCCCAGCCUGCGCCGGGUCCCCAAGAAUCACCGGGCCAGCGAGGAGCUGACAGAAGUGCCGCUGGAGGAGGCUGAGCACCGCUGGCUGCUGAUGGCGGCUGAGGGGCAGUGGUCCCAGCAGCUCCACGGGCUACUGUUGGGUGAUGCCAGCCUGGCAGCCCGCAGGGACUUCAUCUCGGGCUUCACCGCCCUGCACUGGGCCGCCAAGAAUGGCAACUGCGACAUGGUGAGGAACAUCAUCGAUGUAGCAGGGAAGGAAGGGGCCCACGUCAACGUGGACGCCAGGUCUCACGGCGGCUACACGGCGCUGCACCUCGCUGCCAUGCAUGGCCGGGACGCCGUCAUCUCUGUUCUGGUCCGCAGCUACCAUGCCAAGAUCGACCUGAGGGACUACAGCGGGAAGAAGCCACACCAGUACUUGAAGGAUGGGACCUCUGUGGCAGUCAGGCGCUUACUGGGGGACCCUACACUCCAACACCCCACGGGACCCGCGGUGCCCAUCAAGAAGAGCACCAAGAUCGCUGCGUCCAUCCUGAGCUCCACCAGCACUUUCCUGGGGGUCAUAUCCGAUGACAUGGCUUUCUACGAUCUCACCAAAGGUUUGAGGAAGCCUUCGUCCUUGAACAAGCUGCUGACUGCCACCACAGGCCCCAGGAGGAAGCCGAAAACCAGAGGGGGAUUUCCUUCAUACUGCUCGCUCUCCGAGGUGGUGGAGGAGGAGGAGCACGAGGAGUCUGUCAUGAAGCGCAGGCCGGUUUCUGAGCUGUUCUUUGGCCAUUAGGCUCUGCCUUCCUGGGGUCACAAUCGUUCAGUAGCGUGACUGGGGAGCUUGGUUUUCUCUCACAGAAGUCAAUGGGAUUUCUUCUCCCCGUGUCUUUCUUUUUGGAAGUUUAACUGAAUGGCUGAUGGGGUCUGGCUCCACAGGUCACUGGAUGAAGCCCAGCUCUCAGAAGCUUGAGGAGAGGGAGCUGCCCUGUGAGCACUGCAGUGCCAUAGGCACCAGCACACCAAUGACGACCACAAACAUCACACUUCAUGGCUGAAAAGCUGGAACAACGUCUGUGUGUAGACAGGCUAUCAAUGUCUUAAGGUACAGCUUCUUGUUCUGCAUUCCUCAGCUGAAGAGCUGCGUGUUUUACACUGUGAACAGCACGCUGGUAGCUGGCUGCUUUAACGUGGCUUGUUCUACAGCAGGCUGAAAUUAUUACGAGAAAGACGCAUAGUUUUCUAUGAUGAUUCUGAUUGUUUUGGUAACAGAAGAGGAAAAUUUCUAUUUUAAAAUUGUGCAUUUAGUUUUUUCAAAACAAAGUUUCUCGCUCUCAGAAAUACUAACAUGUCUUUAUUGUCGCCUAAAGCAUUUUCCUUGGCAGGGUUAAAAAGGAAAAAACCCCAACCCUUGUUGCUCUGUCUCCAUGAUCUGUCUACCUCAGUUCGAAGCUCGGUUUGCAUUUCUCUUUGUGUUCCCUUCCCGCAGGACUUUGCCCAGGUGGUACCGACUGUGCCUUGAUACUGUCAGCAUUUGGCUGCAGUUCAGUGGCUUCAUCUGAAUGAACACAUUUUUGAUAUCAGAUGAUAUAAUAAAAUGAAGUGAGAAAGUAGGAAUCGGAUCCUGCAGGGUAUCUGAGCAGCACUGAGGCUGCUGCGGCAGAUUUUUUUUAUUUAACACUUGAACUUCGGUUUUGAGCUAUUUGGAAACAAUAUUUAUUUAAAAAACGGGCUUUGUUCUGUUGGGUGUUUCAUGGUCAAAUGUGUGCAUGGCCUCUGAAAGCAGUGUGUAUCUCAACUGCAUGAGUUGCUGAUCUGAAACUCGCUUUACUUUGUCUCCUGUAUUAUAGACGUAAUUGUUUUUCUUAAGUAGAGCGGCGCGCUUGACUUGCAGCUGGAGAGCUGUUCGGAGCUACGUCUGCAAUGAGAUUAUCGGUUUUUAAAUUACUCACUUAAAGCUGCCUUGAAAUGAAGAGGCAGAGCUGAGAGCAGCAGCUGCCUGCAGUGCUUCUGUGCUCACAACGCAGCCGCCGAGCUGUGUGAGCAGAGGU